UGAGCUGUUGCAGAGGCAGCCAACUGCUCCAUAUUUGGCUUCUGUUACCCAUUUACACGCUGGAGCGAGCGGAGGGAGCGAGCGCUGUGCCGCAGACAUCAUCAUUCCUACUACAGCGCUGGAGAGACAUCCCCGGACCUGUGUCACUGCAGGGGGAAGGAGGGAAAAAAACAAACAAAAAAACCAACAACAACAAAAAAAAACCAACAACCCAAACAAACAAAAAAAAAGCAGACCCAAGCCCCGUGACCAGCUAGGAAGACAUUUGUGUGCGAGUCUCUCUCUGACCCCCCCCCACCCCCAACGCCAGCCCCACCUCCACUGACACUUUACAUCACAUUGCAGGCCAAGCCAGAUGGGCAAGCAGUACAAGCUGUGAAUUUAUUCUUGACCCCUCUAGGACAGUGACCAUCUUCAUUUUUGUCUUCACCAUACGGAUAUGCACUGCCAAUAAGAUCCUGGAGCACAGGGAAAGAGUUUUAAUGCAAAAUAUCAGAAAAAGCUGCAACAUCUCCUAUGAGAGAGGGGAAAAAAGAAGAUUUACAAUUGCAUCUUGAAACACUCACAUGAUUUGAGCUCUAUCUUGCUAUUUUUGAAAGAGGAAAACCAGUGAGGACCUGUGAGCAAUCCAGCAGCAUCUAAAAAAUCUUCAUGCUAAAGGAUAAUCCAGAAUUCCCUGAAGAAGAACAUAGUGAAUGUUAAUACAGAGGAGCCAUCAGAGAAUCGUGCUCACGGGGAGAUGAUUCCUCAUGAAGUCACUGGAUCCCUUGCAGAAAUCAAAUGUGACUUUCCAUUUAUCAGACUGAAAUCAGAGCCAGCCAGACAGUGAAGCAAGCACAGUGGAGGGGGGACAGCGAAAGAUGAAAUCCAACCAAGAGCGGAGCAAUGAAUGCCUGCCACCUAAAAAGCGAGAAAUCCCUGCCACCAGCCUGCCUUCAGAGGUGAAGCCGGUCCUGCCAAACGAGAACCACCGUGCGGAUAACCUAGCAUGGCUUCCCAGCACACCUGGCGGCCAGGGCAGCCUGGGGGGCCGGCACCGGCCUGGGGGGACGUCGUCAGUGGAGGCGGGCUUGCAGCAGGGUUUGCACAAGUCACUGUCUGCAGGGCUGGACUAUUCCCCACCGAGCGCGCCCAGGUCCGUUCCAGCCUCAACCACUCUUCCCACAGUGUACUCGCCUGCCCUCUCCCAGUCGGGGACCCCCGUUUCCCCCGUGCAGUACACACACCUGCAGCACACCUUCCAGUUUGUCGGGCCCCAGUACAGCGGAUCGUACACCGGAUUCAUCCCCUCACAGCUGAUUUCCCCCACAGCCAACUCUGCGACCAGCGCCAUGGCAGCGGCCACAGCCGUUGCAACCACUCCAUCCCAGCGCUCCCAGCUGGAGGCCUAUUCCACUUUGCUGGCCAGCAUGAGCGGCUUAAGCCAGCAGGGGCACAAAGUUGAGCCGCACCUGGUCAGGACGCCUGGACUGAUCGCUGCCGGGUCUCCUCCACCCACCCAGCAGAACCAGUACGUCCACAUUUCCAGCUCUUCCCAGAGCUCUGUCAGAAACGUCUCUCCUCCAACCAUCCCAGUCCCCCUGCACCCCCAUCAGACAGUGAUCCCGCACACCCUCACCCUCGGCCCUUCCUCCCAAGUGGUGGUGCAAUACACCGACUCAGGCGGCCACUUUGUCACCAGGGACGCCCCUAAGAAGCCUGAGAGCAGCCGGCUGCAGGCGCUGCAGGCCAAGGAGGUACUGAACGGCGAGAUAGAGAAGAGCCGGAGGUACGGCAUUUCGCCCUCUGCCGACAUGGGUCUAGUCAAAGCAGGCAAUAAACCAGCUCCCCAUCAUUACGAGACCAGGCACGUGGUGGUCCACUCGAGCCCUGCUGAGUACGGCGUGCGGGAUUCCUCAGGUGUCCGAGCCUCUGUCAUGGUGGUCCCCAACAGCAGCACACCCACGGCGGACAUGGAGGUGCAGCAGGCCACCAACCGCGAGACCUCUCCCUCAGCCCUCAAUGACAAGGGAAGCCUGCACUUAGGAAAGCCAGCCCACCGGUCCUACGCCUUGUCUCCGCAGCAGGCUCUGGCUCACGAGGGGGUGAAGGCAGUGGCCACGCUGUCCCCUCACACCGUCAUUCAGACCACCCACAGCGCCUCCGAGCAGCUCCCCGUCGGGCUGCCGGCGACAGCCUUCUACGCCGGGACCCAGCCACCGGUGAUCGGCUACCUGAGCGGUCAGCAGCAAGCCAUCGGGUACCCGGGCGGCCUGCCGCAGCACCUGGUGAUCCCUGGCACCCAGUCCCUGCUGAUUCCGGUCGGCAGCACGGACGUCGAGCCGUCAGGAGUCACGCCUGCAAUCGUCACGUCUUCUCCCCAGUUUGCAGCAGUGCCUCACACGUUUGUCACCACCGCCGUCCCCAAGAGCGAGAACUUCAGCAUGGAGCCCCUCACCACCCAGCCCGCCUACCAGGCCACCAUGGUGCAGGCACAGAUCCACCUGCCCGUGGUGCAGUCCAUCGCUUCCCCCGCCGCUGCACCUCCCACGCUGCCCCCCUACUUCAUGAAGGGGUCGAUCAUUCAGCUGGCCAACGGGGAGCUGAAGAAAGUAGAGGACUUGAAAACAGAAGACUUCAUCCAGAGCGCAGAAAUUAGCAAUGACCUGAAAAUAGACUCCAGCACUGUGGAGAGGAUUGAAGAGAGCCAUAGCCCAGGCAUCGCCGUGAUACAGUUUGCGGUUGGGGAGCAUCGAGCACAGGUCAGCGUGGAAGUCUUGGUAGAAUACCCUUUUUUUGUAUUUGGACAAGGCUGGUCAUCCUGCUGCCCCGAGAGAACCAGCCAGCUCUUUGAUUUGCCAUGCUCCAAACUUUCAGUGGGGGAUGUCUGCAUAUCGCUCACACUCAAGAACCUGAAGAAUGGCUCUAUUAAAAAGGGCCAGCCCAUGGACUCAGCUAGUAUCUUGCUGAAGCAUUCAAAGAAUGACAGUCUAGCUGGAAGUAGACACAGGUAUGCGGAGCAGGAAAACGGGAUUAAUCAGGGAAGCGCACAGAUGUUAGCUGAGAACGGUGAACUGAAGUUUCCGGACAAAAUAGGAUUGCCUGCAGCACCUUUGCUCACCAAAACAGAACCCAGCAAGCCCCCGGCAACGAGGAAGAGGAGGUGGUCAGCCCCUGAAACACGAAAACUAGAGAAAUCAGAAGAGGAGCCACCUUUGACUCUUCCCAAGCCUUCUUUUAUUCCUCAGGAGGUUAAGAUUUGCAUUGAAGGUCGAUCCAACGUAGGAAAGUAAAAGUUGUUUGGGGAAAGGAAAUUAGGCUAUCCCUUGUCAUUUUUAUCCAGAUUACUGUACUGUAGACUAAAUAACCCAGUAUUUACAUGUUAUCAUCUUAUUUUAGGUUUAUGUUAUAACCUUGUUGUUAUAGUUGCAGCUGGUAUUAUGCAGGAGACUGGUGCAUAUGUUUUUCCACAAGUGUUUGUCAGUGACUAGGUUUAUCGAGAGCUACAGAAGGGGCAGUAUCUGCUUCACACACCCUUGGUGGAAAUGAAUGUGUUGUCAUGGCUCCUGUUUUCUAACACCUCGUGUAGGACAGGGUCCAGCUGUGAUUUUUUUUUUCUUUUUGUUGUCUUUUUGUUUUGUUGUUUUGGUUCCUGUUCUUUUUUUUUUUGGAGGGGGGGAGGUGAGGAGAAGGGAACUGUAGCAGAGGUGUAUGUCACGGGUGGGGUGCCUGCAUGUGUGUGCGUGCGCAUGUGUGUGUGUGUCCGUGCCAGUCCCAAGGAGGGGCUGCAGCUCAGUGGUGGGUUGGUGAAGAGGUUUCCUCACCCCAGCUGGAUGCCGAGGACACGACCCACAGGUGUUACUGAAAAGGAUCGGACAGUCUCUGAUGUUUCCAACAAGAAGCCAACACUUACUCAAGGCUCUACAGAGUAUAUAUAUAUAUAAAUAUAUAUAUAUAUUUGUGUGUGUGUAUAUGUAUAUAUAUAUAUAUUUUUUCCCCCCAUGGGGUCUGACUGCACUGAUUUUUAUUCCUAAAGCAACUGCCACACCAACAUUUCCUUUCUGCUUGCUAGUGCAGUUCCAUUGCCCGGAGCCAGCAGAUGGGGAGGCUGUACGGACUCUUGGCACCGGUCGCCUUGCAAGGUUUUCCUUCAGUGCGGUGGGCGGGCGGGUGGGUGGGUGAGUGUGUGUGUGGUGGGUGGUGUGUGUGGGUGUGCACGAGGAGGCCUCCGGCUCCGUGGAUGCGCCUGGCUCAGGCUCACUCCUGUUUCUGUGCAGUGUUAGACAAAUCAACCAGGUGAUGCCAUUGACAUUUGCUUCCACAAGGUAGACGCAUACUGCCCCUUUGAGAUCACAGGCAUCCAUUGUUUGCAGUUAGGUUGCAAAUCUUUCUGUCUUUAGUACUGUUUUUUAGUUCAUGAUUAUGGACAACUGGUGCCACUUUUUUCAAAUUUCAGUGUGACACAGGAAUCCGCUGUUGAAGAUGAACCUAGAAUGUCUUUAAGCACUUAAAAUGCUGUUCACACUUUAUUGCUGAGCAUCCUGGUCUAACACUCAGUACAGUACUGUAUCUCACUUUAAUCUGCUCGGAAAGCAACAACAACAAACAAACAAAACAAAUCUCUUCAACACUGUAACUACAUGCAACUAUGUAAAGUUUUCUCACAGGCAAGAUGCUGAAAGUUUUAAUGUGGUUUCAAAGGGAUGAAUGUGAAUUAUUGAACUAGUAUGUGACAGUCAUUGUCCACAAAGGACUACUUAAUAGGAGGCACUUUUUAAACUUUAAUGCUUGAGAAAGAAUUAAAGGCAUAUGUGAGCUGACAGAUAAUUAAAAAAAAAAAAAAAGAGAAAGGAAAAAGGAAAGAGGAAAAAAAAUAUCAUUGUCCAGUGUUUUUGAAAAAGAUGGACUUUAAAGAAUCUUGCAAUUUGCACAUCUUGAGUUUAUCAUUUGUGUGGUAUUCCUGCAGUUUUUGCCUAAUAAUGUUGUGGGUUAGGGGGGUGUCUGAAAGAGCAUAAACAAAUGUAGCAAUUACUCACUAACCUGCCUACGCUCUAGGCCAUUUCAUAGGGUUACGUUCCUUUCAAAGCUCAUUUUUGGUCUUUUUUUACCAUAUCUGCCACACAGAACCAGGUCCUACUGGGACGGCUCUGAGAAUUUUUCUUCAGACUUGCUGAGAGAGUUUUCCACAAGAAACAUUUCUAUACAUAAGCAAGGUGUUUGUUUGUUUUGAAAACAAACCUAUUGUUAUUUUAUUGUUAUUAUUAUUUGUUAUUUUAAUUGCAUUGUUUUCCAUUGGAAAGGCUGAGAUUUCAAGAGUUUGGUACAAACCAAGUAGGAUUGGGGGGGGUGGGAGGGGAAUCACCCCGUUCAGUCUUUUCUUUUCCCCAGGUAGGGCCGGAUCUUUUGAGGUGCUGUGCACCCAGCCUCCUGCACAAGCCUCGGGGAGGUGCAAGUAUGAAGUACUUCAGGGCUGAGCGCUAAAGCCUGUUGCUGCCACUAGAGAGAUCCCGUUGAUUUCAGUGGGAUUGCGCUUGGGCCCUACGCGAGCAAGCGUUCGGGUCGUCGUGUUUGGUUGGCAAGUUCGCAUCCUUCAGGUAGUUUUGAAGAAGCUGUACUGAUAGGGAGAAAAGGAAAUUAAAAGUCCGUCAUUAGAACCGUUGUAAACUAAAGUGAACAAAUCUAUUUAAAAUCUUCUUUUCCCUCUGCCCUAAAAUACAGUGCUUUUAUUUAAGAGAAGAAAUGUUAACCCCAAACCCCAGCUUUGACUCUGUUAUUUGUUACUUGAAAUUUAGCUCACACCAGAACUAAUUGUUUUUAUACCGUAUUCUGGGGUGCACCAAAAAGUUGAAAUAUGUUUAAAAUAGCUUGAAACUUUUCUUGAAUUUCCUUGAAUUUUAUUAACCUCUCGGCAGGCUACCAAAUAGCUGAGUGGGUUUCUUCUCACAGUCACACUGCUUAGUUAGUGCUUAUUUGUUAAUAUUUCUGCUCAGAGAAGUUGCUUAAUCUUCCAUAUACUCUGCUCAGGGCACUUGCAAUUUAUUGUUUUGUUUUGUUUCCUGUUUUGUUUUUAAGCUUCGAUGGUAAAGGAAUAGAAAGAAUUACAGAUUUUAGUUCACAGUCGUACCACUAUUUCCGUACUUCACGCAUGCUGAGAAAAAAAAAAAAAAUCUCAAGUAAAACCAUACACAUACACAUUUGUGGUUAAUAAGGAAGCAGGGGCUAUUAAACUGACUGGAUCUAUUCAACUAACACUAAAAAAAAAUAAAAAUAAUAAUAAUAAAAAAUACGUUUGGAGCAAUAGGAAUGUAUUAGUUUUGUGCUUGUAUUUCAGACUGAGGAAUUCUGAAAUAACUGGUUCUUUCCAAACAAUUGUCCCUUUCCAUGCUUUGGCUUUUGUAGGAUGUGCAAUACUUUACGUGCCAACUUAGACUCACCCGUGCGGUGUUAGCUAGAUCUCAUACCCACUUCUGAUUUCCCUUGCUUGUGUUCCUUUUAAAAAUGGUUUCUUUCUUUCUUUCUACCUUUUUUUUUUUUUUUUUUUCUAUUAAUAAUUCCCUCCCUAUCCCUCCUUCCCCCAGAACACACCCCAACUAAUUAAGGGUCAAGAAUCCCUUGCCCUGGGAAACACCAACCCUUUUUGUAUUUGAUGUUAAAAAAGAUCCAGGAAGAAAAAUAAGGAAAAAUAAUAAAUAAAACCAAGAUGUAUAAGCAGUUGGAUGCCUUCCAGGUGGAGGGCAGCACUUGGUACAGAGAGCUGCCUUCUGCCUGGACUGCAUGCAGACAAGACCUGACUCCCACCGGGGAGAGAAAAAUGCCCCCCUGGGACCAAGUCCUUGGCAAGGGGGGCUUUGCCUCUCCCCCCUGGCACUGAGCAUCCCUUGCGGCAAGUCCCCAUGCCCGGGAAGUGCCAUCCAUCCCUGGGCACAUGCAAAAAUGCCACUUGCAAGCAUGGAGAUGCUGAGGUGAAGCCAAAGGAGGAGGUUUAGCUGCUGCUUCUGAGCAGCGGUUGCUUUGCAAUAGUAACUGACAGUAGUUCUCUUUUUUGUCUUCUUUUCUUUUCUUUUCUUUCUUUCUUGUUGUAGCAGGCCUGUUUAGUUUACAACAAAAUGCAUACAAUCACCAAGAAAUUAGUCAGGGCAAAGAAAAAUAAAACAAGAACCUCUUUAUAGGGAUUUCUAAAAAAAAAAAUUUAAAAAAAUUAUCUAUCUAUCUGUCUUAUCUAUCUAUCUAAUCUAUCUAUAUAUCUCUCUAUAUAAAAUGACUGUUCCUUAUAGUGUUUAACUUAGGCAUUGUUUCAGUUUGUCUGGGCCACAUCAUGGGGAAUUUGAGUUUGAUGUCACUUACCUCGAGUCCUCUGGUCGAGACCCAAAUCGGAGUCACUGUUGACCUAUUUUACCAUUUUGUACGUUGCCCUUGGGCUCACUUUCCCUCAAGGGCGCAGACCUUGGAAGGAGGGACACACACACACGUUCCUUUUUCUAUUCCUUUAAUUCCUUUGUCCCACUGUUGCUUCUUUUGACCUGUCGUUCCCGUCAUUUUCUCAGCGUGGGGAAGUGACAUCACUACUCUCGUUUCCCUUAAAUCAAGGAACAUUUAGAAACCUUUCACACCUUUUACUCAGGGAUGGGGCUGGCAUAUGUGUGGUACACUGAUGUGACCAGAAGCAGCACUUUUACUGCUCCGGAGUAGGGAUGUACAAUGUUACAGACAAGUUUGGAUUUCCUGCAUCUCAUGGUUUAAACUUUGUAGAGCUCACUUGGAUUGCAAUACAAAAGCAGCAGGCUCAGCGUGAACUGUAGCUGUUGGUUAUCAUGAAAAUUCACUCUCUGCAGAGAUUUAUUUUGCUUUGAAGUGUGUUGCCAAUAGUAAAAAGGAAACAGUGAAAUUCUGUUAAUUCUUGCAACAGCUAAAAAAAAACAAAACCAAAAAAAAACCACAAAAAAACCUGUGUCAGGGAGGGCGAAUCCUCAAUAUUUUUAAACACUAAUAGUGUUAUUUCAAAGAGGGAGGCUCUUGGCACAGAUGCUCUUCAUGUCCUGGGACCCAGUUCUGCAAACACUUAUACAUGUGCUUAUGGGAGGCCCAGGCUGACUGGCAAAGGCUGCUUGGGAGCUUAGUGUGAAGCACACGUAUAAAUCUUUGUGAAAAUGAAGCUUGGUUCAGCCAGGGCCAGACCCUGACCUUAAUCAGGCAGCUGGAAAAAUCUUGGAGUUCAUCCAGGUUUUCCAGGGCAGAAGCAUCAGGCAGGCAGUGGGAAUUUGGCCUGUUGAAACACUUCUUUGGUCCCCAGGAACUUGACAAAUAGCAAAAUGGGAUGUGCACUCGUACCAAUAAUUUCCAUUUCUUCCCUCCCCAUCAUCACAGGUAAGAGCAGAGUCCUCUGUGGGCUCUGGCCAGUGCUGAUGUGAAAAGCAAGGGGAAUGAACGCUAUGGCCAGAGUGCAGGCAGUAAUUUCCUUUCCUCUGGUUUACCCAACCCUCCCACCCUCGCAAAUCCCGAAAUACAUAGCAAAAUGAGAACUUGAUGCAGAUAUGCAGAUGUGCACACACAGAAGUGUCUGUUUGCACACGAAUAAAUGUGCGAUUUGUUUUGUUUUGUUUUUUUCCACGUAUGCCUACGUGUCUACUUGAUUCCCUGUCCUGAGGACAGCCUUGCUUUUUUGUGUCGAGAGGGAAAUUCCAAACGCGUUGCACACCUCUACUCCAGAGUUCAAUUUCUUUUACAUAGACGACCUCGCUUCAGAUGUGUUACCUUUACUGAUAGGAUCUUUUCUUGUAGCACUAUACCUUGUGGGAAUAUUUUUUGAUGUAAACCUAAUUUGAGAAGCUUAUUAAAAAUAGAAACUUUUUUUGAAGCACUCACAUUGAGGAGUACAGGUAAUGUUUUAAAAAAAAAUUGCACAAAAGAAAAAUGAAUGUUGGAAUGAUUCAUUCAGUGUUUGAAAAAGAGAUGGCUCUGUUUGAACAGUGAGUUUCAUACCUUGUUUGUAAAAAAAAAAAAAAAAAGUUUUUAAAUACAAAAGCAGAGAAAGGUUGAAAGUUACAUGUUUUUUGUAUAUAGAAAAUGUCAUGUCUAGAUGAUCUGAUUUGUAUUGGCUUUGGCCAGGAAGAAUUAUUACUUAAAAGGCUCUUAAAGAACAACUGUGCUUAAUUUUCUGUUCGUAUUACAUGGGUCCCAUUUCUGGGGAAUGGAGUCAUGCUUCACACUGUUUAUUCCUGUGCUGAAAACAUACCUUGGAGCAGCAAUUCUCCAGUGCAGCUACCGGGCACUUCAAAGGGUGGCUACUGUGCGAAACUAGCGUCUCACUCUCCCAACUGUAUUUUGGCUUUAAGUCUCUCCUGCCUGUGCCGAGGGAGCCGCUGGCAGCCCACGGGGCAAGGCUGGGUUUGUAGGAGGCCUCGGCCGUGCCCUUUGCAGGUGCCGGGUUCCGGCCGCGGCCGCAGCAGCCCUGGCCUGUCGAGCCACUGCCAGCCGAGCGUGACCUGCUUAGUUCCUACCUGGGGCCUUGCGGUCCCGUUUUUUUUUCCUCUCUCUGGGAUGCUGUUCCGUGUUUUUUCAGCACUUCCUGUUCCAGAUGAAACCCAAAGAGUAUAACCCUGAGCAAGAAGUGCUUGUAACAAGGGAUCCUAGCCCAGGGGUAGCAGCAGAGUGGUAAUGAAAGCCACCUGGCCUUCCCGCCCUUGAGGCUGCCUCUUCUCCCCCACCUCUGCUGUCAGAGCUACCAGGGAGCAGAGCAGGUGGCCACUCCGCACAUUUCCAGUGGUGGUUUUGGCCCAUGGCGAGACCGGUGUUUUUCAGAAGCCAAAAGCAGAGGAUCUUGAGGCAGUUUCUGAGGAGAGGGUCGGUCCUUUUCCUGUCCAAAGAUUUAGCUGGGCAGCCAGGAGCCAGCAGCAGGACAGAACAGGUGAAGUGUGAGGCUGCUCCUGUCCCCUUCCCAGAGGCAACCCAAGCUCCGGCUCCCACAGGCAGAAAUACUGCCCUUCCCAGUGCCCCCCAGGCACUCAGAAAACGGGCCCCAGUUGUGUUACAAUGAAGUGCAUUCAGCCAACAGGUAGUGUUUAUACAAUAACAGUCUCUAAGGUCUCUGUAGUUUUUUUUCUUGUCAUUAGCUGAAAGGACUCAAGUCUUCCAAUGAGGAUUUUAUGGAGGCUUCAUCCAAGGUUGUUUCUUUUUUGUUCGGUUCUUUUUUGAGCGGUCAAAGCUCCUGUGCCCUUUCCCUCGACCACACAGUAGGUAUGCAUUGGAAGUGUUGUUUGCAGCGAGUGUUAGUCACUCGUUGAAGCUGUCGUUGCUGUACUACAGGAUUGCUGGUGAGCAGAAACUUCAGGGCCCAGGUCUCUGGCCAGUGUGGAGCCAGUGUGGGACCUCUGGCUCCUCGGGCAGCGCCGCGCUGCCCCUUCACCCCAGCUGGCGAGGGGAUCGCACCCUGGUGUUCGCUUUACAAAUCCAGGACCCACAUAUUCUCCUUUUGAACAUGCUCUGCAGAACUCCUGUCUAAGUCAGUCAGGUUUGGAUCUGUGUAGCUGAGGGCAAAAACAGGGCUGGGGUGGCUGUGGAUGGCUCAGUCUGUGUCCUCUGCCUGGCCUCAGCCAAGUUGCUAAUCUGUUAAGGCAUAGAUACAACUCUUCACGACAGUCAGCUAAUGUUGAAACUCACUAAUGUAGGUAUCUGCUCUCUUUUUAUUUUUUUUUGUUGUUGUUUUUGAAUAAUAUAUUAACUUGUUGAACACUGUUCUUUUUGCAGUGUUAAAAAAAAAAAGGGGGGGAGGGGGAUUUCCCAACCUUUUUCAGUUCGGGUGAGCUACUGAAAAUCAUUUUGUACUAGCUAUGUCACUGCUCCCGGCAGCCGGCUGGGGUGAGGUUUAGCCAUUCUACGGCACUAGUUGUUAAGGUCUUUUUUGUUUUGGUUUGUUGUUUUGUUUUGUUUUGUUUUUCUAAAUCGUCUGGUAUUUCUAAGGAGGGUUGUUGCAAAUCACACUUCCAGUGUAGUUCCUAGUGUAGGCCCAGUAAAAGGGAUAUCGCAGCUUUGUGUUGGGGAGAAAUUGAGCUGACAUGGCCAGUACAAAGGAGAAAUAGGGAGGGAAUAACGUUUUGCACCUUAUUGAAAAGAGGAGAAGAUUUUAAGUGCAUACAGACAUAGUUAAGAGCUUUUAUUGUGACAGGAGAACUUUUUUCCAUAUGCGUGCAUACUCUCUGUAAUUCCAGUGUAAAAUAUUGUACUUGCACUAGCUUUUUUAAAACAAAUAUUAAAAAAAAAAAUGGAAGAAUUCAUAUUCUAUUUUCUAAUGGUGGUGUGUCUAUUUGUAGGAUACACUCGCGUCUGUUUAUUGAAUUUUAUGGUCCCUUUCUUUGAUGGUGCUUGCAGGUUUUCUAGGUAGAAAUUAUUUCAUUAUGAUAAUAAAACAAUGUUUGAUUCAAAAUUUGAACAAAAUUGUUUUAAAGAAAUUGUCUGUAUACCAGUACAAGUUUAUUGUUUCAGUAUACUCGUACUAAUAAAAUAACAGUGCCAAUUGCAAA